AUGGAUGUGUUCAGCUUUGUGAAGAUGCCAAAGCUGUCAGGCAGCCACAGGACCAAGGCUUCAGGCUGGCCACCCCCGUCUGGCAGCUGGAGUCCUUCCCAAGCUCCCCCCAAUGGCUGGGACAUGGCAACCAGUAGAGACGGGAGAGACUGUUACAGCAACUACAUUUCCCAGAGCAGCUCGUUGGAGGAGGUCCGUCUGGACAUCGAGAAGGUCAGCCCCCCCGCGCCCAGGAAGGUGGAGAUGAGACGGGAUCCCGUGCUGGGCUUUGGCUUCGUGGCUGGAAGUGAGAAGCCUGUUGUGGUCCGCUCCGUUACCCCAGGGGGUCCUUCAGAGGGCAGGCUUAUCCCUGGGGACGAGAUCGUCAUGAUAAAUGAUGAGCCAGUCGGCACGGCACCGAGAGAGAGGGUCAUCGACCUAGUCAGAAGCUGCAAAGAGUCUAUUGUGUUGACUGUGGUCCAGCCAUACCCAUCUCCCAAGUCUGCAUUCAUUAGUGCAGCCAAAAAGGCCAAGCUCAAGUCCAAUCCGGUGAAAGUGCGCUUCGCGGAGGAGGUCAUCAUAAAUGGGCAGGUCCCCGAAUCGGUGAAGGAUAAUUCUUUACUCUUCAUGCCAAAUGUUCUGAAAGUAUACCUUGAAAAUGGACAGACCAAAUCGUUCAAAUUUGACUGCAACACUUCCAUCAAGGAUGUCAUCCUAACCCUGCAAGAGAAGCUGUCCAUUAAGACCACUGAGCACUUCUCCCUGGUGCUGGAACACCGGGAAGGGGGGUCCUGCAGCAAGCUCACCCUGCUGCACGAACAGGAGAUGCUAACUCAGGUGACACAGAGGCCAGGGGCACAUAAGAUGAAGUGCUUUUUCCGCCUGACUUUUGUCCCCAAGGACCCUGUGGAGCUACUGAGGAGAGACGCUGUGGCAUUUGAAUACCUCUACGUCCAGAGCUGUAAUGAUGUGAUUCUGGAACGCUUCGGCUCGGAACUGAAAUAUGACACUGCCCUUCGCCUGGCCGCUCUGCAGAUGUACAUCCUGACUGUGAACACCAAGCAGACCCAGAAGGUCUCCCUCAAGUACAUCGAGAAAGAGUGGGGCUUGGCUCUCUUCCUCCCCCCGGCUGUACUGUCCAGCAUGAAAGAGAAGAACAUCAAAAAGGCACUCACACACAUCCUGAAAACAAACCAGAACCUGGUGCCUCCAGGCAAAAAGCUGACUGCCCUGCAGGCCAAGGUGCACUAUCUGAAAUAUCUCAGUGAAUUGAGAUUGUACGGUGGACGUGUUUUCAAAGCUGUUUUACUGCAGGGAGAGAAGCUUACAGAGGUGACGCUACUGGUGGGCCCCAGAUAUGGCAUCAGCCACGUCAUUAACACCAAAACCAACCUGGUAGCGCUGCUGGCUGACUUCAGCCAUGUCAAUCGCAUCGAGAUGUACACAGAGGAUGAGAAAAAUGUCAGGGUGGAGCUACAUGUCUUAGACGUUAAGCCCAUCACUCUGCUUAUGGAGUCCACUGAUGCCAUGAAUCUGGCGUGCAUGACCGCUGGCUACUAUAGGCUACUAGUGGACGCCCGCCGGUCCAUUUUUAACAUGGCCAACACAGGGGGGCAUGACAUGAACAGGAAGCAUACCUACCAAGCCAUUGACUGGAACUAUAGCGCCCCUUAUGGGGGUUACGAGGACUACAAUCACCGGGCAUGCACAAGGGAACUCUCAAACAAAGACGCAGACCACCACCACAACUAUGGAAGAAGGGACGGUGACGGCUCUAACCUCUACAUCACGGAGAUGCAGCAGCAGUCGUCCUAUGGGACGGGGCAUAUGGGAGAUCGCAACGAGCACGGCAGCAGAGGAGGUACCCACGCCGUGCAGUCCUACCUGUGCGUGCCCCGUCCCAAGCCCCAGGACUCCCCCAGGAGUGCCAAGGUGUCCUUCAUCUUCGGAGACCCUCCGCUGGACCGGGUGAACCCCCAGAACCUGGGCUACCAGCGGCUGAUGGACGACGCUCCGGAGGUGAUCGACAAGCACCGCUCCCUCUACGUGCACCACGUGGUGGACGACUACAAGACCCUCGAUCCCGUGCUAGACGAUGGCGACGGAUUCCAGUACGCCUCGUAUCCGGAUCCGGUCUACGGCGACGCCAAGAUCUUCGGCAACGUGGAGGGCAUCGAGGAGCCGCUGCUGCACGACCUCUGCUACGCGGAGACCACGGACGACGCCGAGGACGAGGACGAGAUCAGCUGCGAAGAGGACAUGAUGAUGACGAUGAUGACGGCGGGAGACCUGGCGGACGACAAGUCCACCUUCCUCUCGCUCUCCGAGUCCAGCGACGACAUCAUCGACCUCACCUCGCUGCCGCCUCCGCCGGAGGGCAACGACGAGGAGGACAGCGACGUCAUGCUGCACUCGCUGAACCUGGCCAUCGCCGCGCCCCCGCCCGGCUUCAGGGACAGCUCAGACGAGGAGGAGCACCAAGGCGGGCUGGUGAUGGCGGCGGCGGCAAUGGCAGAUGGACAGGCCGGUCAAGCCGCCAGGCGCAACAACAACGACAUCCCCGUGUCCCUCAUCGAUGCCAUACCCACUCAGAGUGAGGAGGGCGAGACGGAGGAGGCCUUGGACGAGGCCGUGGUGUCCACUCUGCAAGCCCUGGAGGCUCUUGCAGCGUCUGAGGAACAGUCGCACCCUCAGUCGGACAGUAGUUCAGGUGUAGAAAUAUCGCGGGCCUUUAGUCCCGAAUCAUCUUCCGAUUCCGGAAACGAAACAAAUUCCUCCGAAAUGACGGAGAACUCUGAGCUGGCCGCUGCUCAGAAACUCUCCGAGAGCUCCUUGCGAAUGUUUGUAGCCACUGCCGAGGGAUACCAGACGCUUGCCGAGGAAAAGACAGAUUUUCGCCAGGGUGCGGGGGCUGAUGGUGACGGUGACGGUGACGGAGCUGUGUUAGCCGUGCAGGCCGCCCCUUCCUCUUCCUCUUCCUCUUCCUCCCAGCCUCGGGAGCAAGACCACCAGCCCUCUUCGCAGGUCCUCCACUCAGACGUUAUGGAGAUGGAACCAGACGCCAUGGAGACCAAGUCGCUCACCGACUACUUCAGCCAGAUGCACAUGAUGGACGCUGUCGUCAUGACCACCUGCCCAGGAAGACCCAGGAAGCUCGACAACGAGCUCAACAACAACAACAACAAGGCACCUGACGACGACGGCCCCGAUGAUGAUGAUUUGAGGCCAAUGGCCAUGACAGAUGCUGAGGGACAUGCGUUAGACCCACUACUGGCCGGGAAAUACAACAGCUUCAAUGCACGUGACGCACUGCCAUUUGAAAUGGACAGGAUGCCUAUUUCGUAUCAUGCCCCUCCGGAGCUCACUUAUGAAAACAGUGUUAUGCAGGCCGGUCACGCCGACCAGAGAGCCAUACCCAGGGUGGACCAGAGACCCGAGUCGGACGAGAAUGGUUCUAAGCAGCAGCAGCAUCAGUAUCACCACCUGGGCAAGGCCGCACCUGCCGAGGCGGACGCCACGCGCUUGUACGAGUACCACUUGGCCAAGCGCAUGUCGUCGCUGCAGAGCGAGGGCGUCCACUCUCUGCAGAGCUCGCAGUGCUCCUCCAUCGACGCCGGCUGCAGCACGGGGAGCAGCAGCUGCGUUGUGACCCCCAUGGACUCGCCUCUGUGCACCGGGGACGGGCCCGUACACCUGCUCUCCGAGUCCUCUCUGAAGGGCCUGGGCUACAUGAGCCCAGAGGAGAAGGCCUACGCUAAGACUGGACAGCACCAGAAUAUGGACCCUGCCACCUUGGCUCGCAACAAGGCCCACGCGCCACAACCAGGUGCUGAGCCACCGUUUGGAACUAUUCGAGACAGUUGCCAUCGUAUUCCCAAGAUCAGAGAAACAACAGUGUAGCAUGUCUGGAGCUCUGGCGACGCCAAAAGAGGAAGCAGUCACCCGGCCGGCUCCACUGAAGUCAACUUUACCCCCCAUGCCACCACUGUUCCCACAACCGCACACUGUCAAAAUAAAAGUGCCAAAGCAAUCAGGAGGAGAGUGAGGAUGGAUGCCCUGAAAUGGAGCCCUGGUGCUGGGUCCCGUUUCGAUUUCUCCCACAAAGCCUCUUCCCUACUGUAUAACCCGCCCACGGCACGGCACGGCACACACAGUGCCCUCUUUCAGGUCGGACAUGCAGGACAACAACAACAACAACAACAAAAUGGGGCGAUCCGCUCAAGGAGGGGGUCUCUUCAGGGGAAAAGCCUAAAGGACACGGAGGUCCCUGUACUGUGGUCCCUGUGCACUUGAAGGACAGGGAGGGAGGGCCCCGGUCCUGUCCUGCCCUGCCCUGUCCUGGG